UAGUUACUUACUUUCAUCUUUUAGAGCAUUGCCUUUUGGCUCUAGUGGUGGGAAAUACAAUUAUCUAUAUAUCUAGACAGAAAUAUAUUCCAUUUCGUGACUACAGUGAGAGAAGAGGACUGUGAGGAAAGAAACAAAUAGCACAUAUAUUCUAUAGAGCUCGUUUCGUUUCGUUUCCACUCCAUUUCAUCUCGUUGGGGAAGUUUUAACAGCUUCUGCUGCUGCUGUUGCUGCUGCUGCUUCUGUUUUUGAAGUUUUUUUGUUUUUUUGUUUGGUUUUCUGUCGGGCAAUAAUGAUGUAUUGAUUCCUGAUCUGGGGUUCCACUUUGGGAAGGAUUUUACCAUUUUGAUCUUGUUUCUGUUGGGUAUUAGAGUGAGAUUUUUUGGCAGUAGGGAAGGAGGAGAGUCUUAUCAUAGUCUUAGUCUUAGUCUUUGUCUUUGUUUUUGUCUCUGUCUCUGUGUCUGAUAUUGAAAUUGGUUCAGUUGGAGUGAGAGUGUAGAUGUUUUGACAUGAUCUGAAUUUUGAGCAGGCACGGAUUGAGGGAAGCCAUCAAAGUAGAGGACGGAGUACAGGGCGGUGGCCCCGUGCGUAACCGACCUUUUACUUUUUUUUUUUGCCUUUUCUUUUUGGUUUUAUCCACAAAACCCUUUUACAGGCUUGGAGGGAUUUCGGAAUCCUGAUAAUCAAAAUUAGUGGCUUGUCUGUUGCCAACCUCAGAUUUAUUUCCAUUGAGGAUUGGCAAGGGUAUACCUGUUCAGAUUUUCUGCACACCCACAACCAGGAAAAUAGUAUUCACUUUCUUUACCUAGAUAAUUGAUCUGGAUUGCUGGAAGACUGUAAGCCGUUCAAGAUGCGGGAGGCCCAGGCCUGCCGCUGGCCAUUAUUGACCGAAUCCUAAAGCUGCAAAGGACCAGAAGAAUCGGCUUUAGUGUAACAAGUGUCUGCGGCACAUCGAUCUAAAGUAGGAAAUCUAGGAAAUAGAAAUCAUUUCGGAUAGCUAGGAGGAGGAAAGUAAGAGAAUUCUUCCUACAGCUCUGCUUUCUUGUAUCUUACUCUCUCUCGUGAGCUGAUUUAGCUUUCCGAGCGCAGUAUCGAAGUUCGAACUCCGCCGAAGCUGAUCUUGAGGAGAAACUUGUGAAAAUAAUGUCCACUAUGACUGGUGAGGCGAGCUUUUCAUCUGGAAAUAACAACAUGCUAUCUACAGGAGGAGUUGCAUCAAACCCUACCCAGUCGGUCCCAGUGAAGAGAAAAAGGAACCUUCCAGGCACUCCAGACCCAGAAGCCGAAGUUGUAGCUUUGUCGCCCAAGACAUUGAUGGCAACAAACAGAUUCGUGUGCGAAAUCUGCAACAAGGGGUUCCAGCGCGACCAAAACCUGCAACUUCACAGGCGAGGGCAUAAUCUGCCAUGGAAGCUGCGGCAAAGAACUAGCAAGGAGAUAAAGAAGAGAGUGUACAUAUGCCCCGAGACAUCGUGCGUGCACCAUGAUCCAUCCAGGGCACUCGGCGACCUUACCGGAAUCAAAAAGCACUACUGUCGGAAACACGGCGAAAAGAAAUGGAAGUGCGAUAAGUGUUCGAAGCGAUACGCUGUCCAAUCCGACUGGAAAGCCCAUUCCAAAACCUGCGGCACCCGAGAGUACAGAUGCGACUGCGGAACUCUAUUCUCAAGGAGAGACAGCUUCAUCACCCACAGGGCUUUCUGUGACGCCUUGGCCGAAGAAAGCGCAAGAAUUUCUGGUGGAAUAACUACAGAAGGUGGCCAAAUACAUAAUCCUUUAGCCGUUGGGCAGGGAGGAACAGUUGCUGCAAUGCCUCAUGUAAUGGGGGCUCCUCCUUCGCCUGGAAGAAGUAAUAUGUCGAGACUUGGAGUAGCCACUGCAUUAGAGGCCCAAUAUAAUCCAUCAUUCUUUAGACAAUCGUUCGGUAACAAUGCAGUAUCAUCUGGGGAGAUGAACUCGAGGCCUGGGCUGUCGUUGUGGUUAGGACAAGGUCCAGGAGAUCAACAGGCCACUAGAGGGGGCAAUAUGAAUCCAAUGGAGGUGGCAGCUUCUGGGUUUUUCGCUCAGCCGCCCAAAAACAUGUUUGGGUCUUCAGAUUAUGAUGAGUCUCAAGGGCCAAAGCCUUUAUCUGCUUUGUUGCCAAUGCCGCCUUCUAAUUCUGGAAGCCUCUAUCCCAAUCUCUUCGCAUCAGCCCCCAUGAAUGCAACUCCUUCCAAUCUACAGCAGGGUGGAAAUAGUGAAAACUAUGGAGGAUCAGGAAUCACCAACUGGAAUGACAGAAGCACCGCUAGUGCUCGGCUUUCCUUAUCAACUUCCUCUGGAUUGAUGAGUAGCUCAUCUUCUGGUAAUAAUAAUGUGAAUGACGGCGGGAAUCUCAAUACCAGUUCUAUGAACUACAGUAGUCAACAGCAUGGGCACAGCGCCCAGAUGUCUGCAACUGCCUUGCUCCAGAAAGCUGCACAAAUGGGUGCAACUUCUAGCAGUUCUUCCUUGCUCAGAGGAUUCGGCAUGCCUGGAUCAAAUUCUACUUCAGUGGGUCUGGGAUUGUCAUGGCAAGGAACACCUCAAGACCACCAGAGACCCCAAGGAGCGGUUCCAAUGAAUAAUACUAGCUUGCAGGGGUCUCAGAAUUUGAACCCCUUUAUGAAAGGGACAAUGGAUCAUCAUCAUCAUGUAACCGAAGGUGGUUCCAACUUCCAACGCACCCAGUCAUUCAGUGGCAGCACCAGGUCAUCAGAGAAUGUGGGCCUUCACGAUCUGAUGAAUUCUUUGUCUGGGGAUGGCAGUGGACUCACUACUGCGGGCAGCUUGAAUGCCAUGCAGUCUGCUUUUGGGGCAAGCAUGGGAGAUUGUGGGACCUUCUCACCCAUGAAUAUGAUUCCUGCUAGAGCCAAUAUGAAUCCUGUUAAGGAAAAUCUUGAACAAUCUCUCCAAAGAAGCUCACAAGAGAUGAUGAUGAUACAAGGAGGAAUGGGUAUGGGUAAUCCUGCUAGGAACGAAGAUGGGUCGGCAGAUGGAUUGACCAGAGAUUUUCUAGGCGUUGGUGGAGUCCAAGUUGGAGGAAUACAUGGAAGGACUUUCUCCCAGCGGGAUCAUGACCUUGCAGCCACUUUCACUUCACUAAGUUCAGGAAUAAACAUCACCUCAUUUAAUAACCACAGAGCUUAAAGAUCGCAGUCAUUUCCUAUCAAUCAUGUCCAUUAACCUGUAAGAUCGUGGGAUGCCGCCGUAUCCAUUUAAUUUUUCUGAUCGACUUCACAUGGAAACCACUGAUUCAGAAGCAGAACCAGCAGCAUUGCUCACCCCAACUCUCAGAUUUCAACAGAUUAUCAUUCAAUGUGGGUGGUUUCUCCAUGGGUGGUCAAGCUACAGCACCUGCUUAAAGACCAUUAUUCGGGCUUCAGAAUGGAUAGAGAUGCAGACAAUCUCCCAUUGUCUAGAUCAUUCUUUACUUCUCACUGGCGGCUUCCCCAAGUGUAAAUUACGCAGCUAGCUUUUAAACAGUAUACUAGUUUAGCAUACAAUCUCAAGUGGGUUGAAAGGACAUUGUAAACAAGAGAGAAUCUUGGAGGUGGACAUAGGUUGAGAUUAGAAGUUGGUCAAGUACAUAUCCACUUGCUUUCGGUUUACUUUAUGCGACAUGAAAAGAUAAGAUUGCCGUUCAGUAACUCAUGAUAGUUCGAAGGGACUUGAUAUUGAUGGGAUUAGUGUUACUGUAAGAAAGCACAUUUCAUUUGACACGUUGCUGCUAUCAUUGUAAACAUUCCUGGUAAUAUAGCAAUUGGCUUGAUUACCAUUUCUUUCUGUAAAUAGACAAAACUAGACACCACAAUUUUCUAAAUCAAUCUGAAUGGAGGCCGAUUGUGUAGGGUCCUCCUAGAUGUCGGUUUUCAAUAGCAACAAAAUUAUUUCGCUUAGAAA